CAAGAAAAAAAUCCGCACUUAAGCAGUGCUGCGCGGUAUCAUUCAAUCAUGCCGCUUCCUCAUGAGCCAAUUACCAUCCAUGGCGGCUGCAACUGCGGUGCCGUGAGAUAUCGCAUCAACGUCCCCUCCUUUGAGCAACGCCCUCUUCAUUUUGUCCACGCACCUGAAGAGGCUUCAGACCCAACAACGCCACGACUACCGCUGAUUUGUAUCUGUCAUUGUAACGACUGUCGAUCUGCUACAGGCUCGAUUCUCCCGACAUGGUGCCUCACGCCGCAGGAAAUGUUUACCAUCUCUUGUUUGCCAAAGGAGGAAGGCGAUGAUACGGCAAUGCAGAGCCUCCGUCUUGCGCCGCAUGAUGCGACGGAUAAUUCCGAGAGACCGCCAUAUGUGCCAGCCCAUGGCAUCUUAUCAGGUGUUGAAUCUACCUCUGGGACAUGGCUUCGUGUAUUUUGCUCGACAAAUGAAAAGGCCCAAGGUUGGGACGUGGACAAGCGGAUAUACAGGUCAUUCUGCGGGCGGUGCGGUACAAACAUUGCCUACCUUGUCUACCCCAUGCCGUUCAAGUUCAGAGACAUGAUUGACGUUGUAGUUGGCACGGUCGAUCGUGCGGAUAUGGAGCAGCCGUGGAUGCAGCCGGAGAGGCAGCUGUGGCACAACUAUGGCGUUCCUUGGAUUAAGGAUGUGGUUAAGGAUAUGGACGGGCCGAUUCACCCCUCUUUUUCAACGGCCGAAUUUAUUCGAAAGUAGCUACAUUCAUGAGCUAUUUUGUCAAGUUAUGCUUCUUAACAAUAGAUAUCUACUGUAGAAGGUUGUUGCUGUUUGAGAAAGCUAUCGCUACCAGAGAAAGCUAUCGCUAC